AUGAAAUUAGAACACGAAAUCGAAUUAUUAGAACGAGAAUCAGAAGGGAGACAAGGAGAAACAGGGGAGUUCGAGAAUCCGAUGUCAUCGGAAUUGAUUCUUCAAGAAACAGGGGAAUCCAAGAAGAAAGACGAAGAAGAUGAAAAAGAUAAUGCAAAGAAAACAGGGGACGAUGAUAAAGGAGAAGAAGAUAAAGAGAACAGAGAGAAGGAGCGUGAACGGGAAUGGUUGAAAGAGAAAGAGAACCGAGAGAAGGAGAGAAGGGCGGAAGAAGAUUACAAGGAAGAUUACGGGAAAGAAAAGGAUGAUGAAGAUGCAAAGGAAACAGGGAAUGAUCAUAAAGAAGAAGAGGAAGAGAACACAGGGGAUAACCGGUAA